GUUCUAUGGACAGCCACCAUGGCCUCGGGGCUGGCAGAAGAGUCUGAACUCGCUGUGAACCCCUUUGAUGGGCUCCUCUUCUCUUCCUGCUACUAUGAGCUGCUCGAGCAGCGCAGAGCCUUGCCCAUCUGGGCUGCUCGCUUCCUGUUCUUGGAGCAUUUGGAGAGCAGCCCCACAGGAGUGGUGCUGGUGUCUGGGGAGCCUGGCUCUGGCAAGAGCACCCAGAUCCCUCAAUGGUGUGCAGAGUUUGCACUGGCCAGGGGAUUCCAGACAGGCCAGGUUACUGUCACUCAGCCCUACCCUCUAGCAGCCAUGAGCCUGGCUUCCAGGGUGGCUGACGAGAUGGACCUGACCCUGGGUCAUGAGAUUGGAUACAGCAUCCCUCAGGAAGACUGCACUGGGCCCAACACCAUGCUCAGGGUCUGCUGGGACAGGCUGCUCCUGCAGGAAGUAGCCUCCACCCGAGGCCCUGGAGCCUGGAGUGUGCUGAUACUGGACGAGGCCCAGGAGCGCUCAGUGGCCUCGGACUUACUGCAGGGGCUCCUCCGAGACACCAAACUGAGAAACCUUCCAGGGGAUCCCAGAGUGGUUGUGGUUACCGACCCAGCCUUGGAACCCAAACUCCAAGCCUUCUGGGCUGAUUCCCCUAUUGUGCGUGUACCCAGAGAGCCUGGUGGGGCUCCGACUCUUGUCUACAGGGACACUGUCCCUACUGACCUAGUGGCCGCUGCCUGCCAAGCUGUGCUUGAGCUGUGUCUGCGGGAAGAGGCGCCAGGAGAUGUGCUGGUGUACCUGCCCGGUGAGGAGGAAAUUUCCCUGUGCUGUGAAUCCUUGUCCAGGGAGCUGGGGAUGCUGGCUCUCCCAGGACCUCCACCGAGGGUACUGCCCCUUCACCCAGGCUGUGGUCAAGCCGUCCAAGCCGUGUAUGAGGACACAGACACGAGUGUCCGGAAGAUCGUGGUCACUCAUUGGCUGGCAGAUUUUUCCUUCUCCCUGCCUUCCAUCCGGCACGUCAUUGACUCAGGACUGGAACUCCGAGGUGUGUACAGUCCUAGGAUCCGGGCGGAAUCCCAGGUGCUGAGACCAAUUAGCAAGUGUCAGGCAGAGGCCAGGCGACUUCGGGGAAGGGCAAGGGGGUCCCCACCAGGAUCCUGCCUCCGCCUGUACUCGAAGUCCGUCCUAGAACUAGAGGCACCCCCGCUGCCCCACCCCAAAGUGCUAGAAGAGAAUCUGAGCUCUCUGGUGUUGCUACUAAUGAGGAGACAGAUUGCGGAGCCAGGGGAGUGCCACUUCCUGGACCCGCCUGCCCCAGAAGCACUGAUGCAGGCCCUGGAAGACUUGGACUACUUGGCAGCGCUGGAUGACAGUGGGGAUCUGUCCGACCUGGGGAUCGUCCUGUCGGAGUUCCCUCUGCCCCCGGAGCUGGCCAAAGCCCUGCUGGCCUCCUGCGAGUUUAACUGUGUGGACGAAAUGCUCACCCUCGCCGCCAUGCUCACGGCAGCUCCCGGGUUUACCCGUCCUCCACUGAGUGCACAAGAAGCUGCCUUGCGUAGGGCCCUGGAACACGCAGACGGCGACCACAGCUCUCUGAUCCAGAUUUAUGAAGCCUUCGUACAAAGUGAUGGAGCGGAUGAGGUUUGGUGUCAGGCCCGGGGUCUAAACUGGGCAGCGUUGUGCCAGGCCCGUAAACUCCGAGCAGAACUCGUGGAACUCAUGCAACAGAUUGAACUUCCCUUGUCCCAGCCAGCCUUCGGCUCUGAGCAGAACCGCAGAGACCUUCAGAAAGCUCUGCUGUCAGGGCUCUUCCUCAAGGUUGCCCAUGACGUAGACGGCACUGGGAACUACCUGCUUCUCACUCAUAAACACGUGGCCCAGCUGUCUCCGUGCUGCAGCUACCGACACUGAAGGGCUCCAGCUCAGCCACCUGCCUGGGUGCUGUACCACAGCUUCUCCGUAUCCAAAGACAAUUGCCUGUGCAUCGUCUCUGAGAUUCAACCCGAGAUGCUGGUGGAGCUAGCCCCUCCGUACUUCCUGAGUAACUUGCCCCCCAGUGAGAGCAGAGACUUCCUGAACCAGCUCAGAGAAAGACCAGAAAGGCCGGAGGCAGCGGAGGCAGAGCCAUCAGUGGAGGCAGAGCCAUCAGCGGAGACCGAAUCUUCCCUUCCCCGGGAGUAUGGGGAUGGCUGUGUUCUGCAGUGAGCUGCCUGAGGGAUGGAGCCAACCUCACCACAUACUACCAAGGCAGUCAGCCAGUCUUAGAAACUCAAAGUGUAGGGUCAAAUAUAUUCCCGGAACGCAAAAGCCAAGAAACGGUGGGAGGGAAGGAGCCACGGAGCCACGGUCUGGAAGGGUCUGGAAGGGUCUGGAAGGGUCUGGAAGGGUCGCAGAGGAGAAAAUAGGGCCCAUGCCACCGUGUGGCCCCACACAGCCUUGCACUCCUAGGGACUAUAAAAGAG